AAACAGACGAGCCUGGGACACCUCGAGCAUGCUGCCAGUCCAGGCACUAGGAUCAGCACCUUCAUGCAGGCUGACCUGGCAUCACGCAGCAUCCAGUUGCUCAGACUUUCUACAUCACUAUCAAGCCUGUGGACGACUCCUGCCUCUUCUUCAGGUCCCUGGCAUGAGGGUGCAGGAGGGUGUGAGGAAGACCAUCACUGAGUUUGAGCUGAAAGCCACCGAUGCGGACACAGAGGCGGAGUCCAUCGUCUUCAGCGUCAUCCAGGCUUCUCGACACGUCACCAUCGAGCGCACCAUCAGCGGCCAACACUACCGACAGAUAAGCAGCUUCACCAUGGACGACAUCGACCAGAACCGCAUCAGCUACAACCACGACGGCUCCAACUCGCUCAAAUACCGCUUCACCUUCACCGUGACCGACAGCACCAACCUGCUCUUCAUGGUGGAGGACAACGGAAAAGAGGUGUGUGUGUGUGUGUCUGUGUGUGUGGACAGUUUUAUUACAGUGGGAUGAUUGAAAUGGCAGAGUGAGGGCAUGUCUGCGAGAGUGUGCGUGCUCUGACCUUUUGUGAAUUUGUGGGUGUAUUGAUGUGCUUCUGUCUUUGUGAGGACAGAAACUGGGCGCUUUUGCAAAGGGCGGGCACCUCCGGAAACAGAGAGUGAAAAUAUUUUUGCAAAGGACAUGUUUGGAAGGACAGGAUAUUUCUGUAGCGAAGUUUUGCCUUUUCCCGUCCUCCUGUAAGCUUUGAUGUUUUUGCUUUUCCUGCUUCAAAUAUUCAUAAAAAAUUAGGAUAAUUUUCCUUUUUUGUGUCAUAGUGAGUACUAAUAAACCAUAUACUAC